AUGGAAGAAGGUCCACUCGAAGGAAACCCAACGAUUCCCCCGUUUGACACUGAACCCUAUGAAAGUUUAAUCAAACGGGAAAAAUGUGACAACCUGAAUGGGAGUGGUCACCAAGCCAAGGAAGCAAGUGGCAUGGAUAGCGCAAUGAAAAGACAUACCUCCAAGGGAGGAGAAAACAAAUGGACUAAAAAUGAACAAAAUAAAUGUAUCAUAUUUUCUACCCUGCUAAGAUAUAAAAAAUAUUUAACGAAAAAAGGAAACACUUACUUUGACUUUAACCAAACAAACUUAAUGUUAAACGAGAAGGAACUUUUACUCCAGAGUAGCAACUACUUUCACCUGUUUGACAUAAGUUCACUGUUCUACCCCCAUGUGUACGUUAAUGUAUAUUCCCACAUGAGUGUUAACAUAUCGGAUUAUUUAAAUUACGUGAAGAGGGGGUCCCCAGAGUGCAACGCGGGGAAGGACCUCUCAUUACACGCAAACCAAUGUAUGCAGUACGCCACUCGGCAGGAGUUCAUUUUGGAAGCCAUUCAAAAAGUGGAACACAUAGAAGUGUUCAAAAAAGUGCAACUCGUCAAAAAGCUCCUCCUGACGGUGAACAGGGAGGUCGCCCAGAAGGUCCAGGACUACGUGGACUACAUCCCGGAAGUCAACCCAAACGAUUACAUCUUCGUGCAGACGAACCGACAGAAUGAUCUCCUCUUUGGCUACGUGAAAAGUAGCAAGUUUAAUUUAAUUUUUGAAAUUUUUAAUUUUAAAAAUUUUUUUAAAAAAUGCCACAACGAUAAUGUAGACGUAACUGUACACGAGGUGAAGGAUAAAGGAUCCGAUGGACAAAGUUUUGUUGAGCAUGUCGGCACGGAAAGAGAGAUAUAUCUGAAGGAACAGCCCAUUCAUGUGAAGAGGGUUGUGUACCAGAAUAUCAAAUUUUCUUCCGUUCACUACUCCAAUUAUUUCUUCUUUAAAAAUGCCCCUAUGGCGUACAUUGUUUCCGGAGAAGGCAAAAAAAAGAAAAAAAUUUUCACAUUUAAUUUGUGCAUAAAAUACGUAAAAAAUCAUAUCUUCGUGUUGAUGCUAUUUAAUUAUAGUCCCCCCCCAAAGGAUGAGAAACAUUUUUGUGUGAACGAGGAGGGAGCCGUUCCAAACUUGGACGAAAUGGAAAUGCAAAACAAACAAUUUAACCUGAACGAGACAGACAAAAAUGUAUUCAAAAGAAAUACUUUUUUUGUACAUAAUUUGUAUGACCAAUUAAAAUGUAAAAUUUUGAGUCUUAUUAGUUUUGUGAGUUUCCCCCCAAAUGAUUACAUAGCAGAUAUUCAUUUGACCAAACUAAAGAGGUGUCCUGCUUCUUCCACAGGAAGCUACUCCUUCAGCGUGUACUGUUUAUCUAAUGGAGGGGUCAUUUACAUUUUUAUGUGCUCUUUUGUGGUCACAAAUAACGCUUGUGAAGAUUCGUUCCAAUUGCACGUGUGCAAAUAUUACCAUUUUGAGUUAAAGAGGAAGGACACCUACCAUACCAUCAAAGUUGUCAAGUGCAGCUCUGACUUCCUGCGCGCUCUCUGCGGAGGGGAACCACAAACCCGCGCAAGGAAGACGAAGAAGAAGGGCGUUAAUCGAAAGAGGAACAACGCACAAGGGGAGCAGUGUGCGUCCAAAAGCAAUUCCGAAAUGUGCCAUGGGGUAGAGGAAGAUACGGUUACGCAACACCAACGUGACAACGUUGAUGAAGCGCGAGGGAAUAUAAUUUGUUCACAAACCAGAUCGGAUGGACAGGAGCCUACGAGUGGAUCCAUCCAAAUGGAAAAACACAAACACCUCUUCAUGAUAAUAACGAGCAAGUGUGACUUGUUCAUCAUGACCUUGAGGAGGAAGAAAAAAGGAGGAGAUAUUGAAUUGGUAAAUUAUUCCUGCACGAAUAGCAACAACCCAAACGACGUCAUCCAGGGGGUGCUAGUCAAUAAGCACCAUUUUGAAAAGGCCGAUGAGAGGGAGAAGAAAACUGUUCCAAGGGGACACACCAGCAACCGUAUGCAUCCUCAUCAUAUGAAACAACCAAAUAGAAGCUGCUCAUUGUUUGAGCUAUUGUGCUAUUUUCAAAAUGGGGACGUCAGUAGGUACAACUUUGUGUGCACCGCGAAGGAACAGCACCUGGAGUUCUUUCUCACCAAAAAUGAAAUGCCCAAAGGGGAACUCCUGUGCAAGAAGCAAUUCUUCAUUCCGAUCCUCUUCCCAUUUAAUGAAGAAGUGCUCAAGAAGAAGAAGAAGAAAAACGACAACAGUGUAACCUUGUACAAUACACAAACCAGUUUUUUUAAAAGCAUAUUUUUUAUUUACUUCCAAGAGAAGCAAUAUGAGAAUGUCAGUCUAUGCGUAAAUGAUCAGUGCUUAGUUGUCACGUAUGUAAAGUCCGUUUGUAAGUUGCUGCGGAAGAUUCGCGCAGUGAUAGAGCGGGCGAGGAGUUCCCAAGGGAAAAUUCCUAGCGAGGGGGAUCUAACGUCCAACGAUCAAGUAGGUGUCCUUGAAGAGAGAAGAAAGAGCAAUUGCCGAAUCAGCGAUGCAACAGAUGAGCGAACUAACUUCUUCACAGGAGGGGAAACACUCAAUGGAAAUUUAUUCACACACAGGGAACACAAGACGCACUUUUGGGAGUACAAAUAUAUCCUUUUCGGCUUUUAUGAUUUAUUUUUAAUAAGUCAACAUAAUAGCAGCGGCAAUGUGAGCGUAAAUGUUAACGACAACCCUAGCAGCAACCCUGACCCCAGUGUGAACGAAAGGGACAAAAGGAAACACGCCGCGAACACAAUGAACGUGUACGAUGCACACAGCCAUUUUAAUUUCCUCAAUAUAAUAAAGGACUACCUAUCCUAUGAUACCCUUGUUGGGUGUGUCCCUAACUCCUCAUCCUGCGAAAAAAUUAGGAAGAUUAAAAUGAAUUUUUAUCACUUCCUCCAAUUAUUAACUCAUUUUCAAGCAAACUACGUUAGCGAGGGGAACUCCUUUUUUCACCUAAUAUUUAAUGAACUGUUUGAUAAAAAUAUUUACCCUGGUGGUGCCAAUAGCACCAAUGCAGUGGGCAGGGAGACGUUAUCACUUCAGUUGGAUCCCAUCCUAGACAUAAGGACUCACUUCUCUGUUCUGUUUUCCUUCUUCAUUCACAUGUAUAAUUUUUGCUUGAAGCAACAUGGCAUCAGUGCCGACUCCUUCAGCUCGCACAUUACCUAUUUCCUCAUUAACAAAAAGACGCGCAGGAAUAGGAAGCGCUUCAGGUACGUGUACAGGCCGGAGCCGCGCCAAGAGGGCGGCAAAAACGUGCAUCCUGAUAAUGGUCCAGUUGCGGGUGCCGUUGCGGGUGCAGCUGCGAAUGCGGAUCACCUGGCGGAACAAAAAGAAGAAGACCUGCAGAUGAGCCCCGGGACAAAACUGCAGCCGAAACUGCAGGACACCCCGCAGGAAACUCCCCAGGCGAACCUACGCACCCUGCGCAAGUGCCUGUACUACAUAAGCAAGGCAAAAAAAUAUUUGCACUCCAUAUUUAGAGGCGGCGACAGCAGUGAAGAAGCUGGAUGGGGGGUCACCCUACCCCACGUGUACACAAAUUUGUAUCUGUGCCAAGUCCUUUACAUCAUGCUUAACACAUUACGAAUAAAUAAUACAAACUUAUUUGUGAAUAUAAAUUACGAUUUGAGAAAAAAUAACAUGGACUACUUCUACCUCCUCAUACUGCUCAAUAUGUAUGGCCUCCACAACAUGUUGAUGUCGCAUGGCUGCGGGGGCGUUCAGAACUCCCUCACUGGAGACGCAGAAGAAGAUGUGCACAAAUUGUUCAAUCAUAUUAUUCAAAGAGAAACUAUUCCAAGUGAAGGCAAAGCAAACACUGCACAAAUGGAAGGUAUUGAAGUAGAUCAGGACACGUUUGAAAGACACCAAGUGCUGAUACACAAUUUUAUAAAAAGGAUUACGAAUGGACUAAAGGAUGACCACUAUGUGGUUGAACGAAUUUAUUUUAAAAUAAACUGCAUUCUUUGUGGAAAGGUGUGUGUUUCAAAUUUGUAUAAUCAUUAUUAUAUAUGUGAACAGAAGCACAUUUUUAACAAAUGCAUGGUUACUCUAUGUUGUAUUGGCAAGAGUAGCCUGAUCAUCCCGAGUGUUUACCUGUCUCAUGAUUUAAGUAAAUCACUUUUUGAGGAGCCCAUCAGUACUUUACAAUUUAAUCUCCGCGUGAAAUUGGACUGUGCGUACUUUUGCUCCUUUUGCCAUUUGUUUAUUACCACCAAGAAUAGCUUCUUCGCGGAGCACUUCGUUUUUAAUCAGUGUCCCUUUUGUAAUCACGAUUUGGUGGCCGUGUGA